AUGUUCCUUUACACUGACGUGGACGCCAUAUGGUGCAAGGUAUUCCCGUCUACAUUGACAGGCAUAGCCCAGACAUGGUUCAAGAGUCUCAAACCAGGUAGCAUUUCUAGCUUCUCCCAGCUGUCGUCCACAUUCAGCACUCACUUUGUUAGUAACAGACGCCGCGAGCGUACUACGGGAGAACUGCUAUCUCUCAAGCAGGGGGCUAAUGAGAGUUUAAGGGAUUAUAUUAGCCGUUUUAAUGUUGAGGCCGUCUCAAUCCCACGGUUACAGCAAGAUGUAGCGAGGGAGGAGUUUGACAAAGCUGUGGGCAACCGUGAAUCUGAGAAGAAGGAGGAUAAGCAGAAAAAAGAUAAGAGCCGUGAAGCUGAUCGAGGCCGAGAUGACAGGAGGCAAGAAUCACACAUGGUAAAAAGAGGAGAUGACCGAGAAAGGGAUGGUGAGAGGUAUGACCGCAAUCGCAGGGAUCGUGAGAGGAGCGGUCGAGAAGGGAGUGAACGCAAGGACAGAUUUGACGCAUACACUCAACUAACUACCUCAAGAAGUCAGAUCUUUCUGAAAAACAAGGAUAGCGACAAAUGGCAGCGUCCUAAGCCUAUGUUUCAUAAAAACCGUGAUAAGAGGAAGUGGUGUGAUUUCCACGGGGAUCACGGCCAUCUCACAGAAGAUUGUCGUCACUUGAAAGAUAACUUAGAAGAUUUGAUAAGAAGAGGUUAUUUCAGCCAGUACAAAGUGCAGACAAAGGAAGGAGAUCUCGUAAAACCAGUUAACAAGAAUGUUCAAUCAAGGAUCAGUGAAAUUCACGUCAUCAGUGGCGGACCUGUCCAUGGAGGUAGUGUGAAUGGAGCUAAGGCCAGUCUGAAGGAAUUCAGGCACCAGGUCAAUUUUAAUAAGAGUAUGAAAUGGAGGCGACCGCCAGCAAUGCCGGUAAUGUCUUUUACACUGAAGGAUGCAGAGCAUGUGGUUUUCCCUCAUGACGACCCGCUGGUGGUCACUUUGAAAAUUUCGAACUGCCUAGUCCAUAGAAUCCUGGUUGACGGAGGCAGCUCCGCCAACAUCCUAUACCUCUCAACAUUUGAAAAGCUGGUGAUAGGGCGAGAAUAUCUAAAGCCUGUCCGAUAUCCUGUGAUAGGAUUCACUGGGGCGUCUGUGACUCCGGAAGGUUUUGUAAGUCUCUCGGUCCGGAUUGGAGACGGCAGUGAAGUCCGAGAUGUUAUGACUGAAUUCCUGGUGGUUGAUGUCCCUGGUGCCUAUAAUGCCAUAGUGAGGCGUCCUCUGAUUCAUGACGUUCAAGGUAUCGUCUCCACUUAUCACCUGACAAUGCUGUACGUCACUAAUGAAGGGACGACAGCUAAGUUUAGGGGGAACCAGGAGGCAGCAAAAUCAUGCUAUUUGACGACUCUCAAGCACCCAGCCAGGAGGAUGCAGAGAAGGGCUCAGAGAAGGGCCGCGGUGAAUGAGCAAGAAGAGAAGGAGUCGGAGAAAGAUAAAGAAAAAAUGAUGGAGGUAUCAAUGGAAGAGUUAGAGGCCAGGCCAGAGGAUGCGCCAAGGCCAAAGCCUAAUGGGGAAACUUAG